AUGGAAACAAAAGGAAACAAAAGGUCUUUAUACUUAAAUAUGAAGAGGAAUCACGUGUAAAGGAAUUUGCAUAAUGAAUCAUCAGCAUCACAUUAGGAAACCAUUGUACAGGAACUGGGUGAAAGGAGGGUUAGCAUACAAAUAUCUGAAAGAUGGUAUAGAAAAUUUUGCUGACGAAGCUGUUCAGCAGGAACAUACCAGAUUGCUUCAACUGGUAAAGUACAACCCAAGAAAUGUUUGCACCUGCAGUCUUCAAACCUUGAAGCCAAAACAUGGAAGAGUUAAAGAUCGUAGAACAGGAAAAGCUCAAUGUCAGUGGAGUCAGACUAGAUGCAAUUGUCUGUUUGCCAAUACACAAGCUUGCCCAGAAAAUAUUUGUGAUGAAAUGUUUGACGAAAUACUUCGAUGCCAUGGUUCAACUCCGCCAGCACCUAACUGGAAAAACACACACCUAAGUGACUGGUGUAGUAAUUCCUGGGAGGUUGCAAAAUGUUUCAUCAAUGCUCCGGGUUACCUCGACAAGAAGACUGCCAGUGAUAUUGAUAUUACUGGACUUUUGCACGUGUUCAUUAACAACAAAAUGCUGCACUCUCAUCUGGCAUGUCACAUUAACGGCAGUGAUGUUUUCUAUAAGGCCCUACGUGGAAGAAAUAAGAUAUUUCAUUCUUCUUCAAUGGAACUUAUGAAGAACGAACUGAUAGAAAUUACAGAUGGUAUUAAAGCCUUAUUAGAAGACCAGAAAGAACUCAAAGCAAAACUUGAUUCGCAAAAAGCUGUAAAGAACCUUGAGCAGCUGAUGAGGGAUGACAUAUGUAUAACGACACAGAAUGAAGCAGAAGUGUUCAGGGAAGCCAUGAAUUCUAUCAAUAAGAGAACGGAAGAAUUAAAUGAACUAAUUCGAAAUACGACGCUCGAUAUCAAGUCUCAAAGUGAAAAUGCCUCGAACACUUUAGAUGAAAAAGCACAGCAAAUCUUUGAUGGACCUUUACAGUCAUUAGAAAAAAAGUACGAUCAGCUUUGCAAAAAGGUCAAACAUCUUGAAAUAGAUACCACCAAGAUUAAAAUUGAUCUGAGUUUGAUGCGAAAGCGCCUUGAUGAGUUAGAAAGUCUAGAACAUGCUCGAUUGACACAGCAGCAAAAUUUGGAGUACAUUACUCAAAAGCAAGAGCUACAAAGUUUGCUUAUAGCACUUUAUCAAAAAGAUCAAGUAAAAACCUGGGUAUCUCCUCUUAUAACCCGAGAAAACAACACCAAUAUAAGUGAGGUUUAUGUCCCUCCAAAGAUGUUUAUCCAAGGAACACCUGAAAGGCUUCCAGAGAGUGACAUUGAAGAAAGACAUGUUCAAAGUUAUCAUGAAAUAUUUUGUGCAACUGAAGACGAAACAAAUGAGAAUUCGGGAGAGAAUCAACUUGGCAGCAAACCAUUCCAAAUACGUCAUGGUCAACUGAAAAAUAUUUACAUUUUAGGUGAGGUUGGAGCAGGAAAGAGCGCAUUUUGCAAAAUGAUGAUCCAUACAUGGUGUAACGCCAUGUCAGAUAAUUCAAGUAGCGAACACAUAAAUAAAGAUGAAAACUCAGACAUUAAUCUACACGAAUUGAGUAGGUAUGAAUUCUUGUUUUACGUUCCUAUGUGCUAUACUCCAGGAAAUGUUGCUGACCUUCAGAGCAUGGUCAGACAUACAUUACGUGGUAAAGAAAAUGACAGACGGAUUACAAUUGACAGACUGAUUGAGGACCUAUUCAUAAGAGAAUCUGAAAGAUGUUUAAUCAUUAUUGAUGGACUAGAUGAGUGGACCCCGCCUGCUCCACGAGGUCAUUUUCCUAGACAUGCCGCACACGGAUUACCAAUUUCUGGUAAUGUACAAAAUGCAACAAUCAUAACAACAUCUCGACCAUCAGCCCUUGGUAUAUUAAAUAUGAAAUAUACGGAAUAUGAUCGUAAAAUCAAUCUUGUUGGAAUAGACAAAAGUGAGAUAAAACUUAUGACUCUACGUUAUAUGAAGAAAGCAAUUCACAAAGGGUUAGAUGUCGCAACAACAACAGAGAAUUUUAUACAAGAACUUAAAGCAUCAAACUUUCCACAUCCAGAAAAAACACCUUUGUUGCUACAACAAGUAUUAUGGAUGUACUGCAACGGCAGAAAAAUUGAUAGGUCAGUUAGUGACAUAUACACUAAUAUUGUGAACAUAAUAUUUGCCUGGUUUGAGGAAAAAGAGCCGGGACAAGAAGAUUUGAAACAUGUUCCAGAAGAUGUAAAACACCUUCGCUUACCGAUGUGUCUUUCAGGUCUUGGCAGGUACGUAAAAAACGAGGUACUAGUCUGGAUGCUAGGAAAGCUAGCAUUUCGGACAAUAGCUUCGGCCACGCCGUCUUUAAUGUUUGGGUUUGCAAUAUUAAAAGAAUGUGAUGUACCAAAAUACAUAUUAUUAAGAUCUUUGAGCUGUGGGCUCAUUGUGCAACAGAACUGUCCCGAUCCUGUUGUCGAGAAAACAAAUUUUUCAUUCACUCACAUUUCAUUUCGUGAUUUUUUCGUCGCCGUAUAUAUAUUAAGUCACCAUCAAAAGUACGAAAUUCAGCCAAAAUCACGUGAAGCAAUAUUACAUAAACUAUUCAAAAGAAAUGCACGGAGGGGCACCUGGGGUCUUCCUCCACCAUUAAAAGCCGGAAAGUCGCCAUAUGACCUAUCAUGUGUCGGUGCGACGUUAAAUCCAAAAAAAAAAAAAAAAAAAAAAAAAAUCGAAAGAUGUAGUGCUAUGGAAAAUGUGCUCCAGUUGUCAAACAUUUUGACCAUGAUUUGUGGUUUAGAUCCUGUCUUGAUAACAGAUAUAUCUAAAGAAAUCAAUAAAAAAGUACUAAAGGACGGACAGAGGAAUGAGUAUAUCAUGAAGCUAGAAGACGGGCAAAAUGUGGAGCCAGACUUAAUGGAGCAAACAAAUAAAAUACAACAACUUUCAUCAAAUUUGUUAUCAGAAUGCCUUUUUCCAAAUUCAGAGGAACUUCCGGAGAUAAGAGUUUGUGAUAUCAUAAUUCAAGAAGACAUUAAUUUAAACUUGGUCCGACAUAUUCUUCCCGAGGCUGUACAAAGUUUGUACAUCGACAGGCAUUGUCUAAACGAUGACGUAAUGGAAGUGAUUGCAAUGCUCAAUCGCAUACAAACGCUUGCCAUUAAAAACAAAGAGAAUGUUAAAUAUGGACAAAAAGUAUCUCCAGAACUGACAAAAGCAGAUUCUUUGGUACAACUCAUCCUUUGCAAUGAAGAUCUCAGCAUUGACUUGUCCAGUCAUGAAAAACUACGGAACGUUGCCUUAGAUAAGUGUAAACUCAUUUCAAUUUCCAGGGAUGAGGAUACUACUUUCCUCAGCUCAAUCAGAAUCCGAGGUUUGUUUUUUCCACAUGAACACUUUAAGCUGCUUUCAUCAUCGUUUGCACAAGCAGUAGUUUUAGAAGACCUUACACUGGAAGAUAUAAGUUGUGAUCGGAGUGGAUGUAAAGGUCACCAAAUUGACUUACCUGGAAGUGAAAAACUGCACGCUUUUACACUGGGAGAUUGUAAUUACCUAGGUGUCAACAUUUCUAGUUCCUGUAAACUAGAAUCAUGUGGACUUCGCCGAUGCCGUCUAUCACACGCCCAAUUCAAAGAAUUAUCAACCAAUUUGACACAAGUCGUAUCUUUGAAAAAACUAGAAGUAGACAAUCUACAUUGUGACGAUGUUAAAUGCGAAGGACACAGUAUUGAUUUAUCUGCGCAGCAACAUUUUGACACACUUUGUCUACAAAACUGUGUACACAUCAGUGUCAUUGGCGUAGUUGGUAAUGAAGCUGCAUCUUGCAUAAUUCGUCAUUGCAGAUUUUCGCACGAACAAUGCUCAGAAAUUUCAUCACUCUUGACACAAUCGAUAUCAUUAAGGAUACUUGAACUAUGUCGCAUUGAAUGUAGCAAAAGUACAUGUUCAGGUCACAAGGUCGAUCUGUUGAAAUACAAAUAUUUACAAAGUGUUCAUGUUUGGGACAAAUGUAUCUAUCCCUACAGACUGAGCACAGCUAGCCUGGAAAGACUUGACUUUUACAUUUCUAAGCAUGGGAGUGAAUUGCCAGGUGGUAUGAUGAAUGCUACAGUUUUGAGAGAGCUUAAGGUAGAAGCUCUAUCCUCGAAAGCAUUUUAUACAAAACAAAUGAAUUCACUAACACAAACAUUCAAACGUCUUCAGAGGUUCAAAUUAGGUAAUGUAAAUAUUGCAGCAUUGUCUGUAUCGCCAGACAUGGAAAAUUUGAACUUUAUCGAACUUUGGGUAGUCACAAUGACUCAGUCUAUAUGGUGUGACUUUGUAGACAGUCUUAUUAAACUGAAGCAAUCUGUUACUGUUCGAACAAAGUCUAUGGAUGUGAUAUCAAAAAGUUACGCCACGACUGCUGUUGGGUACGUAAAAAGUAGGUCUGCAAAUUUUGAAGUAAUACCAGAGCCGGAAUGGGAGUUCAGUUUUAAACUGAAAAGGUAAAAAACUGUUGCAGAGAUAUCCAAACGCUGAAAAAGGAUGUAUCAUGAAACGUACAGGAAUAUGUAAAAUAUAAAUUGCAUAAGGAAUUUGUUAUAUCAGCCAUGCAAACAAAAUGCGAACGACAGUUUAAACAAUUAUUAAUCAAAUGGAAAAAUCUUCAUUAAAGUGCUAUUAUGAUACAAAGCUAAAGUUCUUCAAAAUACAUUCCACAAUACAACUUGAAACAUCGUAUGAAUACAAUACCAAGGCAUGCAUUUUCAUGUGUAUACCUUAACUCAGAAACGCAAACUUUUCUUGACAUUGCUUCUUACGCUAAAAAUUUAAGAAAUAAGAGAAGGAACAACCAAUUGGCUUCAUUGUGACAAAUCUGCUAAAGACAAACUGAUUAAAGGUAGACCUAAAACAUACAGUGGGUGAUAUAAGAGGUGCUACGCAAUUUGCCACGUAAGGACGGCAAAUGUUAGGCUAUCUGUAACUCUUCAGAAAUUUCAAGGUCAAAAAUAGCAUUUACAUGAGCUAGAAAAAACGGAGAAAUUUGUAGAAGUGACGAUUUCAUUUAAUGUGUUCAUAUAUGAAGGCUUUACACGAAGGAGACAAGAUGUUAUUCAGGAAAUGAAUCCAGCACGUCCAGAUGGUAAAGUUCAUUCGAAUAGGACAAUAUAUGGUCGCAUUUUUGCGAAAAAGUCAGAAAAAGGCAAAGAGCUGUUUGUAAGGUAUUUUAAAGACCUGGAAUACUUGUUUCCUUUGCCACGGGAUUAGCCCCUGACAGAAUGGUGGCAAAUACUUGACACCAUAGGGUUAAGCUGAUAGCAGGUACAUUAUUUUCAGCUGUAUUGUUAAGUUGAAAACUAUUCAUUUAUUCAUUCAUUCAUUCAUUCGCUCACUCGUUUGAUCAGUAUUUCAUUCAUGCAUUAAGAACGUGUUAAUACAUAUAAAAUCUUCUUAUAAUUUUUAACUCAUCUGAAUUUUUGAAAAUAAAAAGAUGAGUUACUGUCAUCACUUGAUCGGCUUCGGCGUUGCCUAGUUAAGUUUUGUGUUUAGGUCAGCUUUUCUCCUAAAUUAUCAAAGGUUUUCCUUUGAAACUUGCAACUCUUGUUUACCAUCAAUAGCUGACUAUGUACAGCAAGAAAAUAAACUCAUUCUUGCUUUUUGCAAAAAUUAUGGCCCCUUUUGGACUUAGAAAAUAUCAGAUUUCUUGGUUAAGUUUUAUGUUUAGGUCAACUUAACUUCUAAACUAUCAAAUCUAUUGCUUUGAAACUUGCAACACUUGUUUACCGUCGAUAUCUAACUCUGUACAUCAAGAACGUACUCCAUUCUGCUUUUUGCAAGAAUUGUGGCCCCUUUAGAACUUAAAAAUUCAGAUUUCUUGGUUAAGUUUUGUGUUUAGGUCAGCUUUUCUCCUAAACUGUCAAAGCUAUUGCUUUGAAACUUGCAACACUUGUUCACCAUCAAUAGCUUACUCUGUACAGCAACAAACAUAACACCAUUUUGCAAGAAUUAUGGCCCUUUUGGACUUAGAAAAUGUCAGAUUUCUUGGUUAAGUUUUGUGUUUAGGACAAUUUUCUCCUAAACUAUCGAAGCCAUUGCUUCAGAACUUGGAGCAGAUAUUUGCCUUGUAAAGCUUAUUCUGCACAGCAAGUAUCGUAACUCCACAUUGCUUUUUGCAAGAAUUUUGGCCCCUUUUGAACUUAGAAAUCAUGGGUAGGACAAUAUUUCUAUCAUACAGAGACAAAAAGAUCAGAUGAGCGUUUGCACCUGCAAGGCGGUGCUCUUGUUUAGUCAAUAUUUAACCCGUCUUUUGUAGUAUGUAAAUACAUAUAUAAUAUAAUGAAUCCACUUUUGUACAUGUAUGAUAACAAUUAUCUAUAGACGACAUAUAUUCAUUCAAUCACUCAUCAGUUAUAUGGCCUUUUGUGCUUGUUUGUUUAUUAAAAACAUUAAUUCAGUUACUCAUAGCUCGACCCUCUAUCAAAUCCCUUCAAAUUAAUUUGUUUCGUUAGAAAUAUGGCUGCAUUGAACACCAACAGAAAUAUAUGUCAAUGUUGUAAAAAUGUAAAAUACGAGAUGAUUUUCUGGAUGGGUGUACGAAUACUUUCUAGAGAUUUUUUUUAUCUUAUUAGUACCUAAGCUCGUGAGUGAUGAUUUUAAAGAUAGUUCGGAUACCUCUUUUGUACGAUUAGUGACUGGAUAUUCAAUUACAAUAAAAAGGAAGUAGUUGGAGCGUGUUGGGGUGGGAAUGUGUGCAAGUGUUCCACACCCAAAGUGUCCGUGUAUAUUCCUACAAAAUGUUAGUCAUGAUAUAAUAUAGGGCUAGAUCGAACAUAUUUAUCAAGAGUUGCGUGCCUUAAUAAUUGCAUAAAAUGUUAUAUUUCGUCACAUAUCCUCUGUUAAUUAACAAAUAAUCAAGGCCUUCAAGUGGUUUAUCGUCUGAUUUACCACGGUUCAUCGUUCAGAUGCGUAGGAAUUGAACACUGAAGCAUCUGAAUGAUGAACCGUGGUAAAUUAGACGAUAAAUCACAAGAAGGCCUUGAUUAUUUUCAUUCUGACAUGCUCAUUGAUAUAGUUUAAUAAAUAUGAUGUUGGGCUUCAUUUACGCGAGGAGUAAUGUAUCGGACGUCAUGCGGCAAUUCGACGUCAUAAUUGACGUCAUAAUGCUCUCUUACUGGUCCGCGCGUCAACCGUUGUUUAUCGCAGAGUAUACAGAGCUUGAUUUUCUUCUUUGUUUAACUGGAAAUCAAAUCGAGCCAUGUUAGAAUAAAACAUAAUGUCCUGACUAAUGUUGAUCACAUCUUGAAUAUAUAUGGCUAAAUGAUUUAUGUAAGUAAGACUAUUUGUGAGGCCAGACUGUUUAUUCUUUUUAUUGCGGAGUUGUGUGCUUUUCAUUUAGCCAUGAUAAUUGUUAUUGUCAUACAGUGUAUUUGGCUGUAACGCCUGUUUUACAAUAGAUACGUAUACAAAUCUCGGUAUGUAAAUUUAUUACUGUAUGUUUGAGUUUUAUGAUUUAUCUUUCUGACUUGAAAAUAAAUUUGUAUAACAAACA